AAGAGGAGGAGAGCAGCAAAAUAUGGCGACCUCAAACAAUCCGCGAAAAUUCAGCGAGAAAAUCGCUUUACAUAACCAGAAACAGGCAGAGGAGACGGCGGCGUUUGAAGAGGUGAUGAAAGACCUGAGCAUUACCAGAGCGGCGCGGCUGCAGCUGCAGAAGACGCAGUAUCUGCAGCUGGGGCAGAAUCGUGGACAGUACUAUGGAGGUUCACUGCCGAAUGUCAAUCAGAUUGGAAACAGCACUACUGACCUGCCUUUUCAGACUCCCUUUCAGAACUCAGGCCUGGACACAAGUCGAACGACUCGGCACCACGGCUUGGUGGACCGGGUCUACCGGGACCGGAACCGCAUCACAUCCCCUCACCGCAGACCCCUCUCAGUGGACAAACACGGCCGCCAGAUUGACAGCUGUCCCUAUGGAGCGGUGUAUCUGUCACCUCCACCGGAUACCAGCUGGCGGAGGACCAAUUCGGACUCAGCUCUGCACCAGAGUGCCAUGAACCCCGCCCCUCAGGACAGCUUCAGUGGAGGAUCGCAGGACCUGCAGCCCAAACGAGUACUCCUCCUCACUGUGCCUGGGACAGAAGGGGCUGGAUCAGAGGCAGAUAAAGAUGGGCAGAAGCAGAUCUGGGACAGCAAAAAGAAUGUGCCAUCCAGGCCCAAACCCUGCAAGGUGCCAGGGAUCAAUAUAUUUCCGUCGCCUGACCAGGAGAUGACCACGUCGCUGAUCCCGGCCGCACACAACACAGGCGGGUCCCUGCCUGACCUCACCAACAUCCAGUUCCCCCCCCCGCUGCCCACCCCGCUGGACCCCGAGGACCAGGCCGCCUGCCCCGCCCUCAGCGGCUGCAACAGCACCGGCAACCUGGCCUCCAACCUCACUCACCUGGGCAUCACCUCCUCCAGCCAGGGUGCGGCCCCUGCCCCGCCUGCACUCACAGUGACAGCUCAGCGCAGGCCUCAGGACAUGGUCCCGCUGUCCCUGGAUGCCGACGCCCGACGCCACCCCCCCCUGCAGCAGCUGUCCCCCACGCUGUCCCCCCCCCUCACUAUCGCUCAGGCUUUGACGAUGGAUCCACUGACCCUGGAACAGCAGCUCUCUCAGUACCCAUUCUUCUGCCCGCCCACGUCACAGGCCCAGGAUCAGCGGACGUCUCAGCAGCCCAACCCGAGCGCUCGGCCGGCCCGGUUGGUCCAGCUGCCCCCCCUGUCUGUGACGCCUCCCUCCACACUACCCCAGUCCCCCCCAGGCAGCCAGGCGCAGACGUCGGCCAUCAGCAUGGACAUGAACUCGUUCCGCAGUAGGGCGGGCUCCUCUGCCAAUCAGUCUCCUACAUCUCCAGUGUCCAACCAAGGAUUCUCGCCUGGAGGCUCGCCUCAACACACAUCCAUAUUGGGCAGUGUCUAUGGCGACCCCUUCUAUGACCAACAGCUGGCCUCCCGACAGACCAACGCCCUCUCACAUCAGCUGGAGCAGUUCAACAUGAUGGAGAACCCCAUCAGCUCCAGCAGCCUCUACAGCCAGGGCUCCACCCUCAACUACUCACAGGCAGCCAUGAUGGGUCUGACCGGGAGUCACGGCAACCUGCAGGACUCCCAGCAGCUGGGAUACAGUAACCAUGGCAACAUCCCCAACAUCAUCCUCACAGUGACGGGCGAGUCCCCCCCCAGCCUGUCAAAGGAGCUCUCCAGCUCGCUGUCGGCAGACGUCAGCUUCGAUGCGGACUCCCAGUUCCCGCUGGACGAGCUGAAGAUUGACCCCCUCACCCUGGACGGACUGCACAUGCUCAACGACCCGGACAUGGUCCUCGCCGACGCCGCCACGGAGGACACGUUUCGGAUGGACCGCCUGUAGGGGGGGGGCAGCCAAGCGAACUGGCCCGGAGGAGGAGUGGGGGCUGGGGGCUAGGGAGAGGGAGGCGGACCCUUCCCCAAAAUCCCUUCACCCAUUACCCACCCAGGGCACUGAAGAAUGAGCUGUUACCACCCUGACUGGGUCAGAGAUGUGCUACAGAUUACCAAAAAAAAAAAAAAAGAAAAAAGAGAUUUAAAAAGGGGAAAAAGGCAAUGAGGGGAGUGAUUGUGCGUGUGGUUCCACCCUGCGAAUCCGGCUCUCUGCUCGGUCCCGGCCCGGGGUCAGCGAAUCCGGCUCUCUGCUCGGUCCCGGCCCGGGGUCAGCGAAUCCGGCUCUCUGCUCGGUCCCGGCCCGGGGUCAGCGAAUCCGGCUCUCUGCUCGGUCCCGGCCGGGGUCAGCGAAUCCGGCUCUCUGCUCGGUCCCGGCCCGGGGUCAGCGAAUCCGGCUCUCUGCUCGGUCCCGGCCCGGGGUCAGCGAAUCCGGCUCUCUGCUCGGUCCCGGCCCCCCGGUGGGGGUCAGCCCACAGCAUCCAGCAUGCCCGCUCUCCAGACCUUCCUACCAAAAUACGCUUUGGGUUGUUGUUUUUUUUUUUUUUUUGUCUUUUACCGAUGGGUUAGUAGUGAAAACGGGGGCUACAACACUAUUUAAUAUAUUUUUCUAGUUGAUGUUAAAAAGAAAAGUCUGAAGUUCUGGGUUUCCAUCACCCCUUUCCAUGUUUUAUUUCAUUUUUUAAAUUGAAAUCCACAUUGUCACAAAUGCUUUAAUGACAUCUUAUUUAUUUAUUUUGUGGUGACCAUAAUUUUUGUCUGCUAAUCAGCAUUCACUGCCUGCCAAACGCGAAUUCCGUUUCAGUCACAGCACCUAUUUAAAUUAUGUUUUGUUUUCAUUGGAACAUGCAUCAGCACUGGCCAAGAUUUCAGUUCUGAUUGAGAGCAGUGCUCCUUCACACAUUCAGGACCCAGCAGUAACAUCUGUCUUGUUGCACUGAAGGGCAGCCAAUGAAAACUUUGGAUUGCCCUUUUUCUGUUUUUUAACACAUUCUUACAAAUGUACGUUUGUAUGCUGCAUGUGUACAUGAACCUCUCAGAAUCAGUGGGGCUAUCAUGAUUUGUAAGUGACUCAUUGAUUCAAGCCAAUCCUCGAAUUUUGCUGUACAGAUCAAAGCCCCCCUCAUUGGUACCUCCAUGGCAACACAUAGUGGCUCCACCUAUUGUAGGGUUCAUGAAACUUCUCCAGUCAUUGCUAAGUUCUGGGUAUCUCAGACAAGUGGACAGCUGUUAAUGUUGGGUCCUGCCAUGCUGUGUUAUUAUUUGAAAUAUGUGUCGUCUGUUACACUUUGGUUAGAAGGGUAUCACUAGCUUGUUCAUGUUUGCAACAUAGCUAACACUACACAUGUGGACAUUGAAUCUAACUGCUUUAGCAUAACAUUCCUGAACACAAUAUGUAAGCGAGUACUGAACCUUUUACAUUUUACACAUUAUUGGCAAAAUUCUGUGAGAAGAAAAUCCACGUGGCUCCAAGAUGUCACUUGGUGCUUUGGACAGGUAGCCAUAACGGUUAGAUUUAGUUCCCCAUAUAGGCAUUCCUGAAGCUAAAAUGAAUCCCCAUAUUCAUCUAAGGACUUUUAAGGAGACGUGGGAAUCCCCGCAGACACCAGUUUGAGCUAAUCACUGUGAUCGCUUCAUUUUGCCUUUACAAUGAAUGAGAUGCUGUUUUCAUGUUGCUUGACUCUGAAGGUCAAGUUUGAUUCUUACUAAGCUCUCCAGCUUUCUCCUCUCUGCUUUAAAAGCAUAUGAAACUUUGGUAAAGCAGUGCAGUGCUUGAUAUGGCUCUGUGUUUGGCUCAGAUGUGUUGUAGACCCUUGGUCAGUGCCGUGCCUGUGGCGUUCUGGGAGACAGGUGCGGCUAUGGGGAAGUUACUGCAUUCGUAAUGUUUGCUUAUAUAUGUAAGUCUGACAAAUUUUACAGGUGGUGUUUUCCUUGUGUACCCAGUCCAGUGUGACUGUACAGAAAGGCCUAACAGCACAGUUUUGUUUUUGGACCAUAACACGCAAGUGGUGAUAAAAGUCGAGAGUGAUGUUUAUGCUGGAUUUUUUUUCAGCUUAUUUAACCACUCCACUGACCCCUGCUGAUGUGGAAUUGUAGUUGAGGAGAUCUGGGUUUUGCUUACUGUAGAUGAACAGCUGAUGUCUAUGCAAAACCCUUGAACAGUUGAACAAUAUACACAAACCCUUCAUGUGUUGCAAACCCUUAAUUGAGGGCAUAUAGCUAGAAAUUUUUGAGCACAAUUGCAGUGUUUAUUUUUUAAUUGCGCAAUUUGGGUUGCAUUCUUUUGGUUACAGGCAUUUUUGGUAUAUUUUUUGCA